UUUAAAAAUAAAAAAUUCAUCGGAGGAUAGCGGGCGUAGUAUAAGUCAAUUGAAUGCAGCUUUCUACUUUAGCGCGAGGAGAUUCUUCUUCUGUUUCUUAAAUGGAAACUUAUUGCCAUUAUCAUUUUAAGCUUUUGUUUCUGUUCCUCAUCAUUCACUCAGCUGUUUCCGAAAUCUUCUUCGAAGAACGCUUUGAUGAUGGAUGGAGAGGGAGAUGGGUGAUGUCGGAUUGGAAGAGGAGUGAAGGCAAAGCUGGGACUUUCAAGCACACAGCCGGCAAGUGGCCCGGUGACCCUGACGACAAAGGUAUUCAAACACAGAGUGAUGCCAAGCAUUUUGCAAUUUCUGCAAAGAUACCGGAGUUCAGCAAUAAGAAUAGAACUCUAGUGGUCCAGUAUUCGAUUAGGCUUGAGCAAGACAUUGAAUGUGGUGGUGGAUAUAUUAAGCUUCUAUCUGGUUAUGUUAAUCAAAAGAAAUUUGGAGGUGACACACCAUACAGUUUGAUGUUUGGACCAGAUAUCUGUGGCACACAGACAAAAAAGCUCCAUGUUAUAGUAUCCUACCAGGGACAGAAUUAUCCCAUUAGAAAAGAUUUAACAUGUGAGACAGACAAGUUAACUCAUUUUUACACACUCAUUAUAAGGCCUGAUGCAACAUAUAGCAUCCUUAUUGAUAACCGUGAGAGAGAGUCUGGAAGCCUGUACACAGAUUGGGAUAUCCUUCCUCCUCGUAAGAUCAAAGAUAUCCAUGCAAAAAAGCCUGCAGAUUGGGAUGACAGAGAGUAUAUUGAUGAUCCAAAUGAUGAAAAACCUGAGGGAUAUGAUAAAAUUCCACCAGAGAUACCUGAUCCCAAGGCUAAAAAGCCUGCUGAUUGGGAUGAUGAAGAGGAUGGAGAAUGGAAACCAGGCAAGGUGCCGAAUCCAGCAUAUAAAGGGCCUUGGAAGCGCAAGAAAAUCAAGAACCCAAACUACAAGGGGAAAUGGAGGACUCCAUGGAUUGAUAACCCAGAGUUUGAAGAUGAUCCUGAUCUCUAUGUGUUAAAGCCUAUAAAAUAUGUUGGCAUUGAAGUUUGGCAGGUAAAAGCUGGUUCGGUGUUUGACAAUAUUUUGAUAUGUGAUGACCCACAGUAUGCAAAAGAAGUUGUGAAUGAAAUAUGGGCCAAAAACAGGGAGGCUGAAAAGGAGGCAUUUGAGGAGGCAGAGAAAGAGAGAAAAGCUCGAGAAGAAGAGGAAGCAAGGCGAGCAAGAGAAGAGGGUGAGAAGAGGAGAAGAGAGAGGGGCUACAAGCGCCGAAGAAGGCAUGAUCCACGUGACUAUAUGGAUGACUACCAUGAUGAGCUUUGAGUGCUUCUUCAAUUACACUAAUUCACAAGGACAAAAUGUUCCAGAUUAAGUUAUGAUAUUCUUCGUGAGGAUAUAUCUGCUCUGCUCUCUUGUUUUGAGAAGGGCCACGUAAUUGUUGUUGUAACAUCAAGAUGGCAUAUUGGUGCCAGCACAGAACAACUGAUCUGUAAUCUCAGAGACUGACUCACAGGCCCCUGCAAACAAUGAUUUUGUAAUUUGUACUGACAAUGAGGCAGCCAGCUGUGAAAAUAAAAGGCACGAAGUGCGCAUCGCAUCAUCUUCCUGUACUCUAAAAUUAUGUCUCAUGUUUUUUGUUUUCCGUUUCCCAGACUUUAUUUUA